UCUAACAUCAUGUAUAAAUCUCUCCAAGACAUGUAGCUCUAAAACCCUCGCGGCGGCGCCUCUCUUUUCCCCAUCCCACUCGCCGCAGCCAAGCUCCCUCCUGGGCUCCUCCUAGCUCGCGGUCUCCAUCGCCCAAUCAGCUCAAGUCCAGGUGAGUUGAGUUGCGGCUAGGUUGGAGAUGUUGGUGCUGUUCGAGACGCCCGCUGGGUUCGCCCUUUUCAAGGUUCUGAACGAGAGCAAGCUUGACAAGGUCGAGGAUCUAUGGAAGGAGUUCACGACGUCGAACUCGGCGAGAAAGGUGGUUGAGUUGAAAGCUUUCAACAAGUUUGAGAACACAUCUGAUGCCCUUUCUGCUGCAACCCUCAUUAUUGAUAGCAAACCUACCAAGGGUUUGCGCAAGUUCUUGCAGAAGCAUUGCGACGGUGAAACGUUAGCUGUUGCUGACUCUAAACUUGGAAAUGCUAUAAAAGAGAAACUGAAAAUUGACUGCGUUCACAACAGUGCUGUGAUGGAGCUGAUGAGAGGGCUGAGAAAUCAGCUUAGUGAGCUUAUAUCUGGGUUGGGCACACAGGACCUUGGUCCAAUGAGCCUGGGAUUGUCCCACAGCUUGUCUAGAUAUAAGCUGAAGUUCAGUCCUGAAAAGGUUGAUACCAUGAUCAUUCAGGCCAUUGGCUUAUUGGAUGAUCUUGACAAGGAGCUUAACACAUAUGCAAUGAGAGUUCGUGAAUGGUAUGGUUGGCACUUCCCAGAGCUCACUAAGAUAGUGACAGAUAAUAUACAGUAUGCAAAAGUUGUGAAGUUGAUGGGCAAUAGGACUAACGCGGUUAACCUUGAUUUCUCGGAGAUACUGACAGAUGACGAGGUAGAAGCACAGUUAAAGGAGGCUGCAGUAAUAUCCAUGGGAACAGAAGUUAAUGAUCUUGACUUAUCAAACAUUAGGGAACUUUGUGAUCAAGUCUUGGCUCUUUCUGAGUAUAGAUCUCAGCUGUAUGAUUAUCUGAAAAGUAGGAUGAACACAAUUGCACCAAAUUUGACUGCACUUGUGGGCGAACUUGUUGGUGCUAGACUUAUUUCACAUGGUGGCAGUCUUGUAAAUUUGGCCAAGCAGCCUGGUAGCACCAUUCAGAUACUCGGUGCAGAGAAGGCUUUAUUCAGAGCUCUGAAGACAAAACAUGCUACACCUAAGUAUGGUCUCAUCUACCAUGCAUCCUUAAUUGGUCAAGCAGCUCCAAAGCACAAGGGAAAGAUUUCUCGUUCUCUAGCUUCAAAAGCUGCUCUUGCCAUCCGGUAUGAUGCCCUUGGUGAUGGUGAACAUAAUUCCCUUGGUGUUGAGAGUCGACUGAAGCUUGAAACAUGGCUUCGGGUUCUCGAGGGUAAAGAACUAGGGAGAUCUGCUGGUUCCACGAAGGGAAAGCCCAAGAUAGAAGUCUAUGAAAAAGACAGGAAGAACGGUCCUGGGUUAAUUGCUCCUGCUAAGACGUAUAAUCCUUCGGCUGAUCUGGUUCUUGCGCAAUCCAUGGAAGAAACUCCAAAGAAGCCUGAUGCAGCUUCAAAGAAGAGGAAACAUGAUGAUGCUGUGACUGCACCAUCAACCGAGCUUGCUGAGGAAGCAAUUCAAGAGGAUGGUGACCAGGAGGGCAAGAAGAAAAAGAAAAAGAAGUCCAAGGACGUUGAGGAGUCUCCUGCAGUUGAUACCAAGAGCGACAAGAAAAAGAAAAGAAAGUCCAAGGGGACAGAGGAGGAGGUUGCUCCCGUGGAAACUGAGUCUGGUAAAAAUGAUAAGAAGAAAAAGAAAAGGCAGGCUGAUUGAUGCUUCUAUUCCCCAGAGAAGAAGGGAAGAAAGGCAAGUCAUUUUGCGUAGGCUUAGGUUCAGAAUUUGUGUUGUGUAAACUGGAAUUUCACCGGCAAUUCGAUGCUUGUUAGCUAUAGUAUAUAAACUUUGCAGGGUUCACGCAGCUGUGUUGAACAACUACUAUUUGGACAGACUAUGGGAAUUUGAAUUUUUUGCACUAUCUAUAUAUAUACAAAAAACUUGAAGGGAAAA